AUGAUGACGAAUCAGAAGAUUACCAGAACCAGUGAUGGAAUUCCCCAAUAUGAUGGAAGUCCAGAACUACUUCCUCUUUACCGAGAAGAGGCGCUGCAAUACUGGAUGUCCUUUGAGCAUCACAAACGAUAUCUUGCUGGACCGAGACUAGUGAAGGAGUUGUCAGGUGUUGCCAAAGUGGCAAUUCGCACACAGACCCUGAAGGAUCCCCAAUGGCUUGCUCACCCUAGGGGCGUGUAUCAGCUGUUGGGGUACUUGGAGCAAACCUUGUCUAAACCGAGUCUCGUUGAGGCUAGCCGUUUCGUCAUGAAGUUCUUCUACAACAUGGGAAGAGCCAAAGGCGAAACAAUGACUAGCUGGGUGACACGACAUGCCGAAGCUCUUUGGGAAGCGUCACAGGCACUCCGGAAGGUUCAGAGAGAAUAUGGUGGUGAAGGGACUGGGAAAACCCAGAGAGCCAAGGACGCCUGGGAGUAUGACUACUACCAGGCUCCCUCUGAGGCUAACUCAGGUCCUUUCCGAGAUGAUGGGAAGCUCGACGAAGAAGACGAGGAGGCUUCUGAUAGCUGGAAGGACUGGGGAAGCUCAUGGCAGGGAGGGUGGUCUGACAAGACUUGGAAGUCCAAGGCCUAUGACCCCCCAGCCGAUUGGGACGUCAGCGAUGAGAUCUUCAUCCCGGAGUUCUUGGCAGGUUUCUUACUUCUCCAUCGAUCAGGUCUGGAUGUGAAUGAGAAGGGCAACGUGUUAGCAGCGAUCAGAGGUGAGUUUUCCACCCGGUCAGUGGGUAGAGCUCUACGUGAACAAUGGUCAGACUAUGACUUAGCCAAGCGAGACAAACUCAAGGGUGGCACCGCUUUGAUGGCGGAGGUUGACCAUGAUGAUGAGUUAGAAGCUCUGCUUGCUGACGACCAGGACCAAGAGUUUGAACUACUGGGUCACGACGAGAAGGAAGCUUUCCUUGUGGAACAAGAACGGAUUGAAGAAGCCUAUGCGGCCAUUCAGCAACAGAAGGCCACUCUCAAGGAAGCUAGGUGGAAACAACGACAGAUUCGUCUGGGUCGAAACUUUUCCCCCCCGAAGCCGUACGUCAAGGGCAGCAGCUCCACAACAAGUUCAGCUUCCAGUGCUCGAACACCUCUCCAAUGCUUCAAAUGCAAAGGUCCUCACAAGCUGGCUGAUUGCCCUCUUCGUGGCAAGGAAGCCAGAAUCGCCGAGGAGGCGGCAGAGAUUGCCUUUGUGACUUACCCGGAGAAUGUGGAGGCCUACGCUGGGUGGACUGAAGAGGAAUCCCAUGUGGUGCAUUCACAAUUCCCACCUUGCAUGGGGGUGAUUGAUUCAGGCGCUACUGCGUCACUUGGAUCUGCUGAGGCUUUGGAGAAGAUCAUGGCACAGAACUUGUUGACCAGUGGCAACAGUCACAUGACCAUUGACACUGACCACAAGCCAGUGUUCAAGUUUGGGAACGGAGCCCGACGUCAAUGCAUUUCCACUGUCAAGAUGAGAAUGGCAGCAGGAGACAAAGAUGGGAACAUGGAGAUCCAUGUGCACGACACACCCGGGCAGCCUAUCCUAGUAUCAAGGAGGGCACUUAGAUCACUAGGAGCUGUGCUGGACUUCGCAGAGAACAAGAUCAUCUACAAGAAAGUGGACCCAAAGGUGGUGGUGGACCUUGAAGAGGAGGUGAAGAAAUCUGGUGAUGAGGAGAAGGAAAAGGAACAGGUGAUCAUGCCAUACACCACCCGUGCCGAGUGGGUUGCCAAACUGGAGAAGGCCGGCACCAAAGUGCCGAAGCACUGGACCAUACUUCAGAUGCAGGCACACUGGGAGGAGAUCCAAGACCAGAUGGGCCCCACACCACAGGAGCUCCAAUAUCAACAGUUGAUGAAAGACCUCAAAGUGGCGUCCAAGAAGAAGGCAGAGAUCUCUCAGUAUGUCCAGAAUCUAGGUGGCCAGAUCCGGGGCAACAUGACCAUUGCUCAGCUCUAUGGAAUGGGGGAACAGAUCAUCACCGAACAAUUCCCACUAACCGAGAAGGAGAUCGUGGGCUUUGGACGUCACGGACACAUGACCUACGGGGAGGUGGCGGAAACCGUGCCGGGCUACCUGGGAUGGGUGAUUACCACUGCCCAGGAGAAUCCCGUCGAGUCAUGCUGGCGACUGCGCCGUUUGGCGGCCUGGGCCCAGCAACACAAGCACGAGAAAGACAUGACCACCUACAAGAAACCUUUCGACAUCAAGGAGACAGAAGACAAACUCUCAGACAUCAGCCCGUCCAUGGGGAGCUUCACGAAGAUCACCAGCAAGGGCAGCACCACGGGAGCUCAGUCAGAGACUGUGGGAUCCAAGGACCAAGAGAUUAUGGCCCUGAAGGCACAGAUCGAGCAACUCGAAAAGGAGAAGGAGGAGGCAGCUCCCAAGCAUUCCAAGAACCGGAAGGAGAUGUUGAACCGUCGCAAUGAACAUCAGAUCCAGAACCUUGAGACCAAACAACAGCAAGCUAGGCUACAAUACAAGGGUGCCAUGGAAGUAGCAAGAUAUGCCAAACGUCAUGGAACACAAGUGCAUUGGGAAUUUUCUGAGCGAUCCGAAGCAUGGCAAUUACCUGAAGUACAACGAUUCUUGGAAGAGCUUCGAUUAGAAAAGGUGACAUGUCAUGGCUGCGCAGUGGGUUUGAGGACCAAGGACAAGACCUUGCAAGAGCUCAACAAGGAGGAGACGGCGAUGCCGGCCGAAGAGGAAAAGGCUGAGGAUGACAUGCGGGAGGGUGAGGACUUUGCAGAGGGGGAGAAAGAGGAGAUCGAGAAGACAAAGAAGAAAUUUCAUUUUCUGAUGAUGGUGGAUGAAGGAAGCCGUUUUAGCGAACAUGGCAUUGAACUGCAACCUAUUCCUGCGGAAGCUCACUGGCAAAUCAGUUUAGUGGAGGGGGCAAUCAAAACCACCAAGGGGAUGAUGGAGACCUUAUCCGCAGAAUAUCCGGAUAUGCCACCUGCUGAACUUCUAGGUGAUUUGGUCUUCUACUGGUGCAACCAGGUGCCACUCAAGGAGAAAACGACCCAACACGUUGGCCGUUUCCUGGGUCCAGCAAGAGUUAUUGCCACCGAAACCCGAAGAGAUGAACAAGGUAGGCGUGCCUAUGUCGAUAUUUCACAUGAAACUCCAACAGACGAACAAUGGGAAGCAGCGCAACAAUUUCAUCACCAAGAACCUGGCGGCGAAGAAGCGAUUCCUACAACGCGAAAGGCCAAGAAAACUACACUGGAAAGACCUGAUGGGAAGAAACGAACUGUGGACGCGAGAAAAGGCAAACGCGACAUUGCGACCGUACAGGACACCCCUGUAGGAACUUCAUCCAGCAGCAGCAGUCGGGCAAGACCUAGGAACACACUCAACGAGUAUGACGAGGAUUUACAUUGUGAAUAUUCUUCUUUCUAUGCUGAAGAACAACAUUGCAAGGCCGUGGAGAUUGAGUGGGACCUUCCAACUUCAAAGAGGGGACUUAGGAAAUUUGUGGAACACCCAGAAGCGUAUGUCGCCUCUCAAAUCAAACGCCGUCAAGUAGAGGUACGCGAACGAACCCUGACCCCGGAGGAGGCCAUUCAAUUCACCAAGGCAAAACAUACUGAGGACAGCACUGAAGGAAUUUUCAUUGGCAUGACAGACUCCAAAUUGCGACAAGGCCAAGAAACUGAUGAACCUAUACGACAAGAUGAACAGGGCAACACCGGUGAUUAA